CCGCUGGUUGGAGCCAGGUGGUCACGUGGCGGCGAGAGGGCUGGGAUCAGGCGUCAGCAGCCGGAGUGUGGGGGCCGCAAUGUUCAGGAUGGAGGCACUGGGGCCGAAGAUGGACCCAGAGGAGCUGCGCAAGAAAAUGCGGGCGGAUGUACUGCGCUCCGUCCGCAACUUCCUCAUCUACGUGGCCAUUCUGCGGGCUACUCCAUUUAUCCUAAAGAAACUGGAUAGUAUUUGAACUUCGCUGCCCACAGGACCAGCACGAUGCAGGAAGUGAUGAUCCUCAUUGAUACAGAAUGAUGAAAUGAACGUGGACAAUCAGGAAUUCUACCGCUGCUAACAAAUGGAUCUUUUAAACUCAGCUAUAGGACAAGCUGCCAACCCUCAACAGAUUGAAAUCUCUGCCUGUGGAACUGGAUUAAUUGCUGGUCAUGCUUAUCUCAGAUUGACCAUUCCCAUUUUAUUUCAGACAAGGACUCUUUGUUUUGUGAUUGCUUUACACCACAGAUGCCCAGCAUGCACUAAUGUGCCAAUGUGCAAAAAAAAAGCCUGUGUUUAUAACACUUGAUGUCUGCCCCAGUGUGAAUCUGAUCCACAGUCCAGCUGGUUUAGAGAUCAGCUGAAUUCCCUCCUUCCUGGAGAAUCGUGUAGGAAUUGCAGUAUUUGAUAACAGUGCUUCAGUGGCACAAAACUAAUCUUUUGAACCUGUAAGGAGUACAUGACUGCAAAAGAUAUUUGAGGUUCUUGUCAUGCCUCCAGGCUUGAGGGGUGCAAUGCAAGAAAUGCCAUGGAGCAUUGAUACUUCCUUAGCUGUGAGUUUAUUUGAAGUUUUUCACUGGAUUUGCUUUAAUAAUUGGUUUUGCACAAAAUUAAGUACAUUUUCAUAUUGGAUUAUCUAUUAAAACAAUUGGUAAUUUUUCAUCUGGUCUGAUUAAAGAUUAUGAAAGCUCGUGUUAGUUGCACUGAUGUAAAAGUCACAACUUUGAUUUAAAUUUUUUUUCUUAAAACACUAGUUACAUUUUCCUUUACGUUUUCAUCUCUUUUUCUCUAAUAUAUCUAAAUUUUGAAGUUCCUCAACCUCCCUAAAUAUUUGUAAAAGCCUUAAAUUAUGCUGGAAUUUUGUGUAAAGGAUAUCAGUGGUUUUUGUUGAUCAAUCUACUUUUAUUGUACUGAGGGCGAUAGCUGGAUUAUGUUCUUUUAAGCAAUAAAGUGAGUUGUUGGUUUGACAUGGAACCGUUCAUAACAACCAGCUGGCCUGUUCAAUUUGAAAA